AUGGCGAAUUUCCGGGGAUUUUACAUUCCUUCCAUCGGAGCAACGAUAAACGUCGCCUGGGAAACGCUCAAGGCAAAAUGGCCCGAGAACAGUCCUUGCCUAGAACUGAUCCGCGGCCCUGAAGGAGGACAAGGUCAGGGACAGCAUGGUGAUUUUAAGACCUUUGGAGAAGGUCAGGAGACUACGGAGAUGACCUCAAUGAACGGGGAACAGGGCUACAGGGAUCAGAACAACGCGGCCGUUGCAGAGGAUUCCUUCAGCUACCAAAGAAGCGGGGACAAAAUCAGAACGGGAAGUCUCAGCAGCGGUGGAUUCAGCGAGUUCGACGACGGCGGGGAAUUUGGGAGUCCUGGGGUGAAAAUCAACGAAUGGCAAGCUGCCUGGAACGUAACGAAUGCCAUCCAGGGCAUGUUCAUCGUGUCACUGCCCUUCGCCGUGCUACGCGGUGGUUACUGGGCGAUCGCGGCGAUGGUCGGUAUCGCUCAUAUCUGCUGUUAUACCGGUAAGAUCCUCGUGGAAUGCCUCUACGAGUUGGACACCACGACGGGACAACGAGUAAGGGUACGAGACUCCUACGUGGCGAUCGCAAAGGAAUGUUUUGGCCCGACAUGGGGAGCCAGGGCGGUCAACAUCGCCCAGAUAAUCGAGCUCCUCAUGACGUGCAUCCUCUACGUGGUAGUGUGCGGGGAUCUGAUGAUCGGCACCUUCCCCGAGGGUGCCAUCGACACCAGGAGCUGGAUGAUGCUGAUAGGCAUCUUCCUCAUACCCCUAGGCUUCCUGAAGUCCCUGCAACACGUCUCCGUGUUAAGCUUCUGGUGCACCAUGUCUCAUCUCUUCAUUAACGCCAUAAUAAUCGGUUACUGUAUUCUGGAGAUAAGCGACUGGGGCUGGUCGAAAGUCAAGUGGACUAUCGACAUGAAGACCUUCCCCAUCUCCCUGGGUGUAAUCGUGUUCAGCUACACCUCGCAGAUCUUCCUGCCUACUCUCGAGGGAAACAUGGAAGAUCGGUCCAAGUUCGACUGGAUGCUGAACUGGAGCCACAUCGCCGCCGCGGCCUUCAAGUCCCUCUUCGGCUGGAUUUGCUUCCUCACCUUCCAGUACGACACCCAACAGGUGAUCACCAAUAAUCUCCACUCGGCUGGCUUUAAGGGCCUCGUUAAUUUUUGCCUCGUCGUUAAAGCCAUCUUGUCGUAUCCCUUGCCCUAUUACGCGGCCUGCGAGCUGCUGGAAAGGGCCUUCUUCAGGGGGAAGCCGAAGACCAUCUUUCCGACCAUUUGGACCGUGGAUAGGGAGCUCAAAGUCUGGGGACUAGCUUGGAGGGUAGGGGUUAUCGUCUUCACUAUUCUCAUGGCCAUUUUCAUCCCUCAUUUCAGCAUCCUCAUGGGAUUCAUCGGGUCUUUCACCGGCACCAUGCUCUCCUUCAUAUGGCCCUGCUACUUUCAUCUCAAACUUAAGAGGAACUCCAUGGAAAGGAGCGCGGUCGCGUAUGAUUGCCUUGUUAUAUUUCUGGGGGUUCUCUUCGGUGUCAUCGGGGUUUACGACUCCGGAACGGCUCUUAUAAAGGCCUUCGAAAUCGGUUUACCCUUCUAG